AAAGCUUCUACACACAACAUUCGUAAAAAGUAUUUAAAUUGUGUUUCCGAAUAGUUAACAUUCAGAUUUCAGUGUUUCCUUUGGAGUUUUUUUUUGUUAAAACUGUUUGUUACUGCGAACAAGAGUUUUUUUCGUAACAAUAAAUUAAUAUUUUCAUAAAUCGUCGUAAUGUUACAAAGUAUUCUUAAAGUUAAAAUUAUGUGAUGUGUUUUAUACUUAGAAGUUUAUCAUUUUAUAUGUGAUCAUGGAAGUAUCUAAUGAAAUAAAGGAAGAUAUUCGGAAAACUCAGACCGACUUGAAAAAUGCAAUUAGAGUUCAUCAGAUUUGGGUUGCGCGACUUCAAGAAGACGAACAUAAUAUACAUCUGAAAAUAAAAGUUAAAGAAGCAGAAAAAGAAAUUAUCGCUAUUGGUAGAAGUCAAAAAACUGUAGUCGAUAGAUUACGUAGAGAACUGAUACUUUAUCAACAACGGCUUAAAGCGAGGAAUAAGCAAGUCAGUAUUGAAAAUGAGACAAGAUAUGUUGCUCAGCAGUUAAGGGACCAUCAGCUGCAAUAUCGAAGUAGAAACAGAUCCAUAUCAUUAUUAAAACCAUCUGUUUUAAAUGAAAUAUUAAUCAAAUCGGAAAGUAAUGAUGGUACUAAUGCAUCCGAUUCAGAUAAUGAAUUAAAAUCCUUCAAUGAUAAAGAAAAUUCUAAUAUAAAUGAAAAUUUUGGUGAUGAAAAUUACCAAAAGAAUAUCUCUCAGUUAUCAAAUACUGUAAAUGACAGUAGGAAUAACUUCACAAAUGCACUUAAGAAAGUCAAGGAAGCUUUAAUAGGAACGAAAGUUGAACAGCAAUGGUGCGAGCAGAGAUCGGACUCUGAUUCAUCCCAGGAUCAUGAGCCGUCACCUACUCCAUCACCUCCACCCUUGCCAGAGCCUGGUGAGCCUGUGCCUCAAGAGAUCUUUAUGAGGUUGCUAGGCCUAAUUACACAUCAACAGAGAGAAUUGGUAGAGAAGAAAAGAAAUGAACGUCGUAAAAGAAGAAAAACUACCACCGCUAAUAAUGAUUUCAUUUAUGGAAACUAUGAUAUGCUGCCUAAAAGAAAGAAAUUAAACCAAUUCCCGUAUCUACAGUCACAUAGUGAUCCGCCGCAAACGCGUUCAGCGAAAUUAAAAAAGCAACAGGGUCAAGCGAAGUCAUCUCGUGAAGGUUCACCCUCGGGAUCAUCAACAGAAAACAAAGUUCCAGAUAAAUUGGCGGAACACAAGCGGCUGCAGCAGCGGAACAUAGAGCUGUGCGAGGAGUUGAGCAAGCUGGAGGCGCGCGCGGCCACGCUCAAGGAGAACCUGGACGAGCACAACGAGGAAAAGCAGCAGCUCCUCGCGGACCAGAUCAACACGCAGAGGAACCUGCAGAAGCUGCUCGACUUCAUCAGCCAGUUCCGGCAGACUGCCAUCAGGAUCAGAACUGCACCCCUCGCCGACCCUCCAGCCCAGCCCGCCCAGCCCUCCGACCACGACAGUAACGAGGAAUAACACGUUGACAACACCUGGAUAUUAGUGUAUUGACGAUUUGUUAAUAAUUCUAUGUAAAUACAGUUGAUUUUACCUAGGAUAAAAUUGUUCUUUAUACCAAUGUUUUUAAAAUAAUGAAAUGAAUUUAUUUUUUUUACAAUUUGUAUACAUCAAAUUGUUAAUUUAAUUUUGGUACAUUUAGGAAACAUAUCUCUGAGAAUUAUAAGCUUUGGUUAAUAUCGAAUAGUGCCACUUUGUCUUCUAAUGCACACUAUGAAAUACCCUCAGUGUAAACUUAGGGAAAGAAAUCUUCGCUAAAAGAGUGCUUAAAUGGCUCUUAUGAGUGAGUCAGUGUUAGUAAUAAUCGAAAAUCAUUUUUUUAUAUCGAAAAAUUCUGAUAGCUUUGAAUGUACUCAUGUUUAUAAUUGUGUAUUUAUUAUAUAAAAUAAUUAAAUAAUCAUUUAUAUUAAAUUAUUUCCCUUCAUGAUCUAUUUGGAAAAGUCAUCUAUCUUUUUCAAUAUACAGGAUGUCCAGAAUUAAUGGACUACCAUUGUACUCGUCUUUUCCAGACAUCCUGUAUAUAAUAGGCGAUAAAAAUCAAAUAUAUUUGUUGUCAAUAUAUUUGGUUCAGUUAUUUUAUAACAUAGUAUCGAAAAUCUAUUGUGACUAGAAAAAUCUAUAAGUUUUGUAUUUUUAUCUCUAUGUGUAUUUUUUUUAGUUAAGUACUUUGAAGUUAUCUUCUCAUUAUCAAAAUCAAUUUUGUAA